AUGGCUUUGGCACGGCCGCCGGGGUUCUUGUCGCUGGCAGCUCGGUUGCUUCUGGCGCCUCGACGGGACCUGGCGGUCCGCGGUCCCGACGAGCCCCUGCCGGUGGUGCGCAUCCCGCGGGCUCUACUGAGACGGCAGGAACUGCGGCAGAGUGGGCGGCGGAGUCCCCCGCGGCUGGUGCUAGUGCGACCUGGCCCGCUGCUGAUCUCGGCGCGGCGGCAGGAGUUGAACCAGCCGGCGCGCCUCACGCUGGGCCGUUGGGAGCGCGCGCCGCUCGCUUCGCGUGGCUGGAAGAAUCGGCGCGCCCGCCAGGACCACUUCUCCAUCGAGCGCGCGCAACACGAAGUACCAGCGCUACGGAACCUAUCAUCUGAGGACGGCUUUGCCGAUCUGGGUCUGGAGCCUCGCCUGCUGCACGCGCUACAGGAAGCUGCUCCCGAAGUCGUUCGGCCUACAACCGUACAGUCGAGCACCAUCCCCUCACUACUUCGCGGCCGCCACAUCCUUUGCGCUGCAGAAACUGGCAGUGGCAAGACCCUCAGCUACCUACUACCUCUGCUUCAACUGCUCUUGAGCCGGCCACGCUUGGACUCCCAGCGUAUCCCUGCUCCUCGAGGCCUGGUCCUUGUGCCUUCUCGAGAGUUAGCCGAACAGGUCCGUGCCGUGGCCCAGCCCUUGGGCAGCUCCCUGGGCCUUCAGGUGCGGGAGCUAGGGGGAGGACAUGGCAUGAGUAGAAUCAAGCUGCAACUGUCCAAACAACCUCCAGCAGAUGUACUAGUGGUCACUCCGGGAGCUCUGUGGAAGGCCCUGAAAAGACAACUGAUCAGCCUGGAGCAGCUCUCCUUCUUGGUGUUGGAUGAGGUAGACACACUGCUGGAUGAAAGCUUCCUGGAACUAGUGGACUACAUCUUGGAGAAGAGCCAUAUAGCGGAAGGCCCAGCUGAUUUAAAAGACCCCUUCAAUCCCAAAGCUCAGUUAGUGCUGGUGGGGGCCACAUUUCCCGAAGGUGUAAGCCAGCUGCUGAGUAAAGUUGCCAGCCCAGACUCUCUAACCACUAUCACCAGCUCCAAGCUCCACUGUGUCAUGCCUCAUGUCAGACAGACAUUUAUGAGGCUGAAGGGAGCAGAGAAGGUGACUGAGUUGGUACAGAUCCUCAAGCAGCAUGACAAAGCAAAUAGGACUGGCCCCUCAGGAACAGUUCUGGUAUUCUGUAAUAGCUCCAGCACUGUGAACUGGCUAGGCUAUAUUCUAGAUGACCACAAAAUCCAACACCUCAGGCUGCAGGGACAAAUGCCAGCCUCAAUGAGGGCAGGUAUCUUCCAACGCUUCCAAAAGGGCUCCCGAGACAUACUUCUCUGCACAGACAUAGCUUCUCGGGGCUUGGACAGCACCCACGUGGAGCUGGUUGUCAAUUAUGAUUUCCCCCUCACCUUGCAAGACUACAUCCACAGAGCGGGGAGGGUGGGCCGUGUGGGAAGCGACGUGCCAGGAACAGUCAUUAGCUUUGUGACCCAUCCCUGGGAUGUGAGCCUGGUUCAGAAGAUUGAGCUGGCAGCUCGCCGGAGGAGAAGCCUUCCAGGACUAGAGUCCUCAGUGAGAGAGCCUUUGCCCCAGCAAACCUGAUUACAGCUGGCUUAAAUAUGAUGCCGUAACAGAGAUCUUUCCCUGAGCCCUGGGUGGGUGAGUACACUUGUCAGCAGGAUGUGUUGGGCUGCCCAGUCAUCUCCCCAAAGGCCUGGUAAGCUGCUGGCCAGCACGGGAGGGUGAACUUCUGAGCAUGGCUCUCUGUCAUCUUUCCUAUGACUCAUGAAAAAUAAAGUAGAUUUUGGCUUG